UUCCGGUUCAUAUGAGCAAGUGUACGCUCGAUGACAGCUGUCCACUCCAGGCUCUUGACCGGCUGACAUCGCGAACUCGACGCCAGAUUCUGCGCGCGGGGCCAUGAUGCUCCUCUCGGGACAUGAUUCCAGCGCGCGAGGCUGUGACCUUUGGCCUAGGCGACCUUUGAGGCCAGCCACUGCCAUGGUCCUCUUCCUUGCGAUCCACGGUACCUACUUCGCGGGUGACUCCUCCGAAACUCCUCGUCCCCUCGGGACUUCCAAAAGAUUUGAUUCUGGCUGGACUGCGGCAGCUACUGGCUUUCCUGCUGCGAGAUAUAGCCAUGAUGCCCCUGCGGUAUCGCUGAGUCGACACUGUGGCAUCCUAUCCUCUGCAGCGGGGACAACCCCCCUAUCCAUACGCCGCCAAAUCAAACGCUGGGCUUCAGCUUCGAGACGCAGGACUUAUUUCCCCACGCAAGACGGAAUCCAAAUCAGACAGAAUCGUAUCCCAGCAGGUCAGAAGCGCUCCUUUUGCAAGAGCCCGAACCUAACAAGCCGCCGCAUCUUUUGACCUGGCCAUCCACGACUAUCUCAAGGAUUUUGGCCAUGGCAACCAAGGAGCAGUUGCGCAGUCUACUAGACCAUAGAUAGAUCUCGUUGUUGUUAGAUUUAAGGAUACAUACCUCUGUACAAAUAGAUAGUAGAUAUAAACGUUAUCACCUUGUUUAUUUAUUUAAACUAAGUUAAGUUAUGAUGAAUAAAACUAUUGAAUAAUCA